CAUCGCUGCCGUGUCUCCUCCGGCACAGCGAGCUGAAAGAGAAGCAUUUGGCAGUUAUGGUUGAUCAGCGUUUCUUUCAUCCUCUCCUGUGCAUUAGUGACGACGGCUGCGUCUACAUCCCUAUUCCUGUUUCGCUUCGAAGGAUUAAAAAUAAAAAAGAUGCGCUGAAGCACCCAGGAAAGACCCUACAUCUUCUUCAAUGUGCGUGAGAUGACACUGAGGAUACCUUAGCAAGACUGCAAGUUUGGCCAUUAUUUGCUGGAAAAUGCAUCUUUGGAUUCCCUAUGUUUUGCUCGGUGCAACAUCAGUGUGCACCGUUGAAAUGUCUGACCAUUAUGGGGAAAUCUGUCAAGACCUAUGUGCCUGUGAGGAAAGAGAAGGGAUGCUUACAGUGAGCUGUGAAAGCCGAGGAAUUGCAAGACUCUCUGACAUAAGCCCAGUGCUCUUCUCCCAGUAUCAAUUGCUCCUUAGUGGGAAUCUUUUGACAAAGCUUUCUACCAAUGAUUUUGCUGAGUACAAAGGACUUACAAUAUUAAAUCUUGGAAAAAAUGAAAUAUCAGAAGUUAAAGCUGGAGCUUUUAAUGGACUGCAGGGAUUAAAACGAUUACAUCUCAAUAAUAACAAAAUCGAUGCCUUGAAGGAAGAGUUUUUCUAUGGCCUUGAAAGUCUGAAGUAUUUACAGAUUGAUUAUAAUUACAUCAGUCAUGUGGAGCAAAAUGCCUUCAGCAGACUUCGACAUCUGGAGGUCUUGAUUCUGAAUGACAAUUUAAUAUCUAGCCUGCCUGUAAACCUUUUUCAGUUUGUACCAUUGACUCAUUUAGACCUACGAGGGAAUCAGCUCAAAGUGCUUCCUUACGUUGGUCUGCUGGAGCACAUGAGCAGUGUUGUGGAGUUACAACUGGAGGAGAAUCCGUGGAACUGCUCCUGUGAGUUGAUUGCUCUGAAGACCUGGCUGGAAAGCAUUUCGUACACAGCCUUGGUUGGGGACGUGGUUUGUGAGUUCCCAUUUCGUCUUCAUGGAAGAGACCUUGAUGAGGUUUCAAAGCAAGAGCUGUGUCCAAGGAGAGCCAUUGCUGAGUAUGAGAUGCCACCUCCCUCUCAUUUGGGCAUUGACGUAUACUACAGGACCACUCCAGCUGUUGGCGCCUCUUUCACCGCAUCUGGCAUAGCAAGAUCUUCAUCAAGACCGACCAAGGGACCUCGUCAGUCAGCCAAAUUAAAAUCAAAACCCACCGCCCGUAUCCCAUCCAAUAAGCCACAAAAUUAUGGUCAAAUUGUGUCGUAUCAGACCAAAUCUCCAGUGCCUUUAGAUUGCCCAACUGCCUGCACCUGCAAUCUCCAGAUUUCAGACCUUGGGCUGAAUGUGAACUGCCAAGAGAGAAAGAUUGAACAGAUCUCUGACCUGAAUCCUAAACCAUACAACCCCAAAAAGAUGUAUCUUACAGGGAACUACAUCCCUGUGGUGCAUUGCUUAGAUUUUGUUGAGGCGACUGGAUUAGAUUUACUUCAUCUUGGUAACAAUAGGAUAGUUCGGGUAGAUGAUAGAGCUUUUGGCGAUUUGACAAAUCUGCGAAGACUGUACCUUAAUGGGAAUUUGAUUGACCAUCUUAGAGCCAAUAUGUUUUAUGGACUAGAGAGCCUACAGUUCUUAUAUUUAGAGUACAACGUCAUUAAAGAAGUAACUGCGGACACUUUUCAGCAUGUCCCAAAACUUCAGCUUCUUUUUUUAAACAAUAAUCUCUUGAAAACUUUGCCUGAGGGUACUUUUAAUGGCUUGACAUUAGCUAGACUAAAUCUUCGUAACAACCACUUGCGGUAUCUUCCUGUCAGGGGUGUACUUGAUCAAUUAAGAGCCCUUGUUCAAGUCGAUUUAUAUGAGAAUCCCUGGGACUGCUCUUGCAAUAUCCUAGACCUGAAGAUGUGGCUGGAGCUUCUCAGCAUGGGCACAGUUGUAAACAAUGUCAUCUGUGGCUCUCCCAAGAAACUGGCUGGGGAAGAUAUGAGAUACAUUAAAACAACUAAUUUCUGCCCUAAUAACUCUGAUAUACUUGCUUCUAUGAUUCCGCCCUCUGAGGAAUCCUUUCCAGGGAGCACUAUCACUAUAGAAACAUCUUUAGACUCCGACACUCAGCUCCACACUAUUCCUUUAUCUGUAAUGAUUCUUGCCCUUCUCCUCUUAUUUAUUGUGUCUGUGUUUGUGGCUGCGGGACUGUUUGUGGCUACAAAAAAGAGACGCCAGAAGAGUCAAAGUGAGCAGAAUGAAUCGAUGAAUGCUUGCAUUAGCUCUCUCAACAUGGAGUAUGGCCUUUACAAAAAGGCAUCUAUUCCCAAAGUAAGAACAUCAGCUGGGCAUGUAUAUGAGUAUAUCCCACCUCCUACUGAAGCCACAUGCAGAACUGCUGCACAAACCCCCAUGGACAACAAAUCAGUGGAUGGAUUUAGAGACUUUGACGAGUUAAGCAGCGCCUUUCUAGGUAACCUAGAUGAAGAGGCAGCCAGUAAUGUGAUAAGCUCGGAGUACAGCGCCACCACUCCAGAGCCUCUGAACAAGCCAUCCACUCCUUACCGAGACGAUCCAUGCUACUACAGAGAUGUACUCGAACCUGACAAGAACAGACGCCACAGCAAUACUUUACCUUGCAGACAUGGUGUACACUCUUCAAAUCAGUUUACCUCAGACUUUGAUGCAAGGCAUCAAUAUGUGCAACCAGAGAGAAUACAACAGACAAUAUUGUAUUGUACAACACCGAGUUCCGUUUAUGUGGAACCCAACAGGAGCGAGUACUGGGAACUGAAAGCAAAGCUUCAUCUUGAUCCAGAUUACCUCGAGGUUCUGGAAAAACGGACUACAUUCACACAGUUUUAAAACACCUGUCCUCUCAAUGAUCAGUGUGGAUGCAUUUGUGUGGUAUCCUACUUGAAAUACAAAAGGGAAAAUUUUCUCAACUCAGCAAACUGCACUGCAAGACAUUAAAUGCUUUUCUGGGAAUUAUGCUUUACAGAGCGAGUGAUACAAGAGGGCAAUUAUUCAUUUUGAAGCAUCACUUAACACUUCAGUCCAGUGUGGUUUGCAGUUGAGUUUGAGUGUGCAAAUAUGAACAUAAAACUCAGAUUCAGGGCUCUUAUGACUCACCCGUUCACUGAAUUUACCCUGAAGAGAAUCACUGACAAUAAUUUGAGCCUGAGCUUUAACUCUGAAAUUGGCUGCAUUUUAUGAGUAUUAAUGAGCCAUGAAGACGGUAUGUUUUUCACCUCUAAAUAAGCUUAUGUUAUUUGACAGAGAAACACAUAUGGCAGCCUGUUCUGCCAAUUUUCUUGCUUUUUUGUAUGAAAGUCGAGCAUUAAAGUUCAAGUAAAUUUUUAGUGAUUUAUAUUCAAGUCCUCAUUAAACUGUCAUUCAAGAUUAAUAACUGUAGAACAAUUAGACGAAAUACAUUAAUAUUCUUCAUUUUUACCACAAACUUAUAUUAUGGAUGCAGUGAAUGUCUCCACCCCAGCAGAUAAUUGGGAGAAAUGUAAUAAUUAUCUGCACCAUCACAGUAUUAUGCUAGCCUUGUUUGUAUACUUGGACCCCUCUGGUGAUAACAUCUCAUUUUCCAACCAGCAAAUGUUUUAGAUUAAGUUAAUACUUAUUGCACUUGUGAUUAAUAACCAAAAAUUUGAAUCAGUUCAGAUGUCUUUAUUUCUAUUCUCCGCACUGCAAAUUUCUACAAAUAUAGUUUCUGCAACUGUACUACACAUAAAUGUACAUCCAUUUUAAAAUCUCCUUAUGUCAACACCAAAGUAAUCUAAAAACAAAAAGCAUAAAAACAUAAAUAUGCAACAAAAACCCUGCUAAAUGUUUGAUUUAUACUACCUGUAUUUCUUGUGCAUCUGUGCAGUUGUAUUUCCAUAACACAACAUUUAAUGAUUAGUGUAAAAUAAAAGUCCAAUCUGCUCAGUGUGACAAAGCAUGAACUAUAGCGGUUGACCCACAACAAGACCCCUUGUCAGUGCAGUGUCAGGUUUGGCUUAAUUUAGAUGAUGAAAUUAUAUACGUUAACUCAACCUCAUCAAAGAAAGGACACCAGUGUUUACUGUAAUUACCGUAAUAGAAAAAGUGGGUGAUUAAAUUAAUUUGAGUAAAUUAUCCGGACCAACAUUUGAGUCUUUUUUGGGCUUAGAAAGGGCUGCAAAGAGAUUUAUUUACACACUAGAUUGGAAUGUGUAUAGGAAAAAGAAAAUGACAAUCUUAAAAAAAUGAUUUUGCAACACACUUGGUAGUCCUGAAAUAGAAAUAUUCACUUGAGCCUGACUCUCCAUCAAACGAGAACUUAAGCAUAGUAUUUCCUCUGUUUGCUUUAGUUUGUAGCAUUUAACUGCUAGAGCUGGGAAAUAAGUUCAGCAGUAGCUCAUUAUGACGUGAAACUUUCACGUUAUAGCGAGAUGUAAAACUCUUUAAAAUGUGAAAAUGUUCACAUUUUAACGAUAUACUCCGUCUGAAUUUAUUUCCAAGUUCUGACAGUUUAAGACUUCUGUAACUUUGUCCUCAAUGUUUAUUGUUCAGGACCUGCACUGUACAUACAAGCAGAUGGACAUCUUUUAAGAAAGACUUAACUUGUUAACUUACAAAAAGAUAAAGCAAAACUCAAAAAAAAUUCACGAGGUUGUCAAAUGUGCUGAAAGGAAGUUACAAAGUGGUGUAUUUCAAAUCAAAGUCAUUCAUUUUGUUUGUUAAUGUUGAGAAUUAUGAAAUUUCAGCUACUUCUGAAAUAUAAUUAAAAAGAUCAAGUAAUCAAGUCAGUAUUUUUCAUUUAUAUAAAAGUCAUCUAAAUUGUUGAUUUUACUGUUGCUCACAAAUACUUUUGAGUUUAAAAUGUCAGGGAACAGCAGAAAGACAUGCUGUGUGCAUAAUGCCAGUUGUCAACCCAUGGCACUGGGUUGAAAGCCGGUUGAAACAAAUUUGCAUUUGCAUGUUCAUGUAUAGAGCUGCACAGUGACCCAGUUGUCCAUGGUGUUGCCUUGCAGCAAGAAAUUCCUGGGUUUAAAUCUCGGUCAGGACCUUUGCUGUGUGCUUUUUGCAUCUUCUCCCUGUGCAGGUAAAGAUAUUCUCUUCCAAACACCAAAAAUAUUUGAAUGGAUUGAAUUGGACGGUUUAAAUUGCCCAUCAGUGUGAAUGUGUGCUCAUGGUUGUUUGUCCUGAGUGAUUCUCUGCUAGAUUGGUGAUCUGGCCUGGUUGCACCCUGCCUCCUGAAAACCUGACACUGGUAUGCUGUUUGGAGUUGGGUCUGUUUCAUGCUUUGUCUCAAUAUUCCUUUCAAUUAGAGAAAAAUUAUUGGCCUCAAGCAUAUGUAAGCGUCUGUUAAACAACUAUUUUUAUAUUAUAAAAAACAAACUUCUUUUUAUAUAUAUCUUAUUUCCUUUUCUUUAUUAAUAGAAGAUGAGAAAAUGCACUAUUGACUUUACUGAUCAGCGAUGAUGUCACUUUUAUAAAUUCACAGUAGAGAAAUGUGCAUAUAGCCUCUGAUUUGGUCUGAUAAAUGCAGACAGAAGGGUUACAUUAUGUUACAAAUUAUUUACUAUGCAUAGAUAUAGAUGACACUCGGACAAUCUGUUCAUUUCUCAGUCGUCACCGAACCUUUAUGACUAUGAUGCCAUCUCGUCAAAUGUGGCAACUUUGCUUCAGUCAUUUACGUCUUUAUGGUGAGGAAUAUUAUAGCCCACAUAACAACUAAGAGCUGUUUGAUAGAAAAUCAUAAUAAAUGACUGGUUAAUCAGAUAAAGUUAUUUCUAUGCAUAAGACUUGCUUCAAAGGAAACUAAGCACAUCAUCCAGUCUUAAUCCAGUCUAAUCAGGUCCUGGGGUAAGAGAGUAAGCCAAGAAAUAUGACUUUCCCUGAGAGUUAAAUACACAGUUAUUUCUCAAAUGCACUGAACUUGUCACCAUGGCUCAGCCAAUCAGAAGACAUGCUGUUUCUGCACUGUGUCUGCAUGACAGUGAGUUUUAUAUUGCAGCAUGAUGCUAAGCAAGGAGGAUGUCUUGAUUUGUUGCCUUUCUUGUAUCAACUUUGUCAUGGAUUUACUGUUUUUAUGAUUAGAGCAAGUGUGCUAAAAUAUUCUGAGCUGUUGCAUGAUAUGUACCUGCACAGCUAUGUUUUUAUGUUUGCUUUUUUUAUUAGUAUUCUGCUAUAAAAUGAAAGUGGUAAAAACAGUACAAAAUGCAAUGUUUGAUUAUAUCAGGUCUGAACUGUGUUCAGUUUGUGGUGUGUAAUAAUAUUUUUAGUUCAAAGCAGCAAAAACAAACACAAAAAAAAACAAACAAAUUAGGUUCAGGUAGUGUUGAAAGUCUCUUAAAUUAUAUUAGGGAUGUCCUCAGCUGAUCCUAGGUCUACUGUCUCAGCAGUGCAGUGACUUGUUGCAAACUCGUUUUUGAAGUUUAUAGCUUGAAAAAUAGCACAGCGCUUUACUGACCUGAAAAAUCAAAGUUUUAGAGUAGCCAUCUAAAGCAGUCAUCAUAUUCUUUUCUUGCCAGGUAUGGUGGUGUAUUGCAAAACCUAUGAAAUCCAGGCAAAAAUAUAACAAAAUUAAGCGGAUAUUUUGGAGCAUCAAAUCCUGAAAAUGUGUGUUGCUUUUGAUCCAGUCUAAUGUUGAGUGUGUAUUAUGAUUAAAUUCACGAUGUCCAGCUGCAUCAGGACAGGAUACAUUAGUUUUAAUUGGAUAUACGUGUUGUGUAUAGAUGGCAUGUGAGAGCAAUGGCCUUUCUGUCCACACUGUUUUUAUUAUUAAAAUUACAUUUCUUUCUCUAUCUCUCUGGAUAGCACGUAGCAUCACCAAUAUUAGUUGACAUGAGAGAAAAAUUUGAACUUGCCGAUAGGGUAGAAUUCCUGAAAAUCUUCAUUUUUCUGAGAUAUGUGGUGAAUGCUAGUUUGCAACUUCUACUUCUUGUUCUUUAUAGCUAUGCAUAAUGUCAACAAUUGACAAUUUAAACUUUGCAUAGCCUAGUUGAAUUUCUCCAAACGUGCAGAUGAAAACAUGCCUAUUUCACAUUCUUUUCCUCUCUUUCUUUUUUCUUCCCUUCUUUCUUUCUAUCUUUUUGUGACAUCUCAAAGGUUUGCUCAAAAUUCGCAUGACAGUUUGUUGGAAACAUAGCUUGUGUCAUGUGACCUAGUCUGUGCAGUGCUGAAAUAUAAUUAUCUGACUGGUGAACAGCAGCUGAAACAGUUGUCAUUAAAUUUGAGACAUUCAAAGGAAAGUUAUUAGUUUAUGAAGCAGGAUAAUUACUUUCUCUGACAGCUGCCUGUGUCCACUGUUGGGUAGAAUUACUAUGAAACAUAUUUUUUGCCAAAUCACAUAUUAAAGCAGAGGAAACAUGUUAAUAUUAGCCUGGCACUUUUUGUAAACUUCUCAGCAUUAAAGUUUUUUUAGCAAGAAGAUAUGAGUUUUUUAAGACUAUGAUUGAAUGUGCAGAGCCAAAUAUAUCAUUAUAAACAAAAAAUAAAUAAAUAAAAAUUAUGUUUUAUGAAUGACAGAAAAUUUGGACAUCCCUAAUUCUUGCUCAUAUUUGGGUUAAUCUUAUUUUCUACAAUGCAACUAUGUAAUAAAAUGUGUUCACUGUACAUACAAGAAAUUUGUAAAGUUUUUUUUAUUCACUACAUGGUUAUUACUGACAAUAUGCAAUUGUUUUUUGAUCCCUAUUAAGACUAUAAAUACUACUAAUUUAAACAUGCUAGAAUUAAAUGUGACUGUUGUGUGGAUAUUUGCAAAUGUUUAAAUUACAGAGACAACUGGAUCAGUCUCUGGUUCUUAUUCCAAGUUCUCUUGUUUGCCUGUGUUUGCAUUGUUUGAUUUUCAUACAGAACAGUGAUUUUUCUGUGUCAGCCUCUGUAAAUAGAACACAUCAUCAGCAUUUUCAUUGCAAACUUGCUUUGUCUUUGAAGGCCAAAAAACAAAACAAAAAAAAACCUCAUGUCUCUUUAUUUGGAAAAACAAAGUGCAACUAGGAAUUUGUGGGAUUAAAAUAUCUACAGUGUGCCAUUUUAUUUAGUAGUUAGCUAAUGAAUAAAAGAUAUGCAUUCAUUUGAGUUGCUGUUGUCUUCCUUAGCUCUGCAAACCAUGUUGUGUGUCACACUGCAUGGGAAGGACAGAAUUUAAUUGUUCAACAAGCCCUCUGGCGAUUUCAUGAACAUUUCAGAGCUGAAAUCCUAUUAAAAUAUUCAAGACAUUCUUUUUUCCAUAGUUAAACAAAAAGAAAUAAUGAAACACUCUAUGAUGCAUAUUAUUACUGAGAUUGACUGAGAGCUUGAAUAAUCAAUGAAGGUGUUUCACAAAGUUCAGAAACUCAUUUUAGGAAAGGCUAUGCGCAAAACUGGGUUUAAUAAAGCCUCUAAGACAGAAAGUUCUUUCUGUAAUGUACUCUGUGCUGUAAUAUUAAAACAAUUGACCUCGUUGUAGUUGUGCAGUACGGAGACAUUUGUGUGCUUACCGACACAUAAGAAAAACAACAUUUGUUUUGGGAUUUUUUUACUGCAGAUAAAGCUUUCUGGAACCUGAGUAUCCAUGGUAACAUCCAAUUACCUGACACAUAAACUGAAAAAAUCAUGUGCAUGAGGUACAAUUGCCAUACAGAAUUUGUAAACAUCUGAUGCACAGACUUCUGUUAUGUGUAUUAUUAUUAUUAUCUUUUUUUUUCUUUUGCUGUAUUUCAGUAUCUAUUGUCUGUGGUUUAUCUCUCCUCAUCUUCCCUUCAAUUCUUCCUAACACUGCUGUCACUGGGGAAGAAAAGCAGGAAAACAGUACGAUGCUGCCACCAAUAUAUUUCAAUGUGGCAGGGUGCAGUGCAGUGUUAGAUCUUCAUCAGAUUUAAUCUUUUGCAGCUUUGCUCUCAUCUGACAAGAGCAAUGUUGGGAGAAUGAGUUUAUCUAAAAGGUUAUGUUUUCAUAUUAUUAUUCUUUUUCAUGUUCUUACUAGGCUCCUUUUCUUUCUGUGGUACAUUAUUAACUGUUCCAGGACAUGGGGACAGUGGUGACCAGAAGCUUGUGACUCGCUGAGAUGAUAUCCACAGAGAGACACAGGAAACAAUGCCACAUCAGUAGACACACUCAUACUCAAAGAAAAGAGCUUGUAUUUAAAUUAUGUGUAAUCAAUUAGGCCACGUUGCAGCUGUUUAGAGCUACAAUGUUCAAGUGAUUAAGUUAUACUCUGUUUCAAUAAAAGGUAGCUGAGGACUGAGAGUUGAUCCCAGACAGUGUUUGACUGUGGUUCUCUGUGUCUGGCUUCUCUUCCCUCUUCUGCAGAAAUGAAACUUGUGUUCUUGUUUGAUUCCUUGCAAGUUGGGAGCUAAACUAGACCCAACAAGCAACCUUCUUGCAGCUCUUGUAGAGAUCCACUUGGUCUACUGGAUGCUUCUCUGAUUAACGCGUUUUGUAGUACAGUCAGAUCGCCUUUGUGCCAUAUGAUAGAUUGGACAGCACCAUGUAAGAUGUUCAAAGAUUAGUAAAUAGCUAAAGAUACGGACUUGUUAGGCAAUUGAUUCCACUACGUUUUAUGUUAGUUUAUCAGAGGAUAUAGGAAGUGAAGGCAAACUCAAACCAUCUUUUCAGACUUUUAUUUUGUAAGACAUUUUGAAAAGUAUCUAGAAUUUUUGCCUUCACAAUCUUGUUAUUCUUUGUGAUUGGAGUAAAUUAUAGUGCAAGGCCCCUUAUACUCAUUCAGGGAUUUUUUUUUUCAGGUUGAUAGUGUAAUGCUGCUUUGAUGCUUGAAGACCCCAGCUUUGCCAGGGAGAAGGAAAAUUAGGGCAGAUCAACAUUAUGUAAGCUUGAAGAGAUGUGUCAGGCAGUGUGAAGACGGCAUAUGACUGCAAGCGCUAACCAAAGGACAAACACUAGCUUCUAUUGGCUGGGCAACACAUUAGAAACACAGAUGAUUCAAACCUCCUUGACAUUUUUGUCGUUGCAAAGAGUAGAGAAAAAUCUUAUCUGUAACAAUCCGUGUUUGGUUUGCAGUUGUUAGUCUCAGACUCUGUGUCUGUCCCUGAAGAUUUCUGAGUCUUCUGUUUCCCUGAGCUGUGUUUGCUGUGUUUCUCUCCUUCUCACUUUUAUCUGUGUGUGUUUAAAAGUGUGUCUGAGUGGAUAAAUUAUUGACUCAGUGUGUAUUCAUGCUUGGCUCAAGGACUUUGCCAAACAACAUGGCAAUACCUUUAUCCUGUCUAUCUGUCUUUCGACAUAUUCUGAUUUAAAAGCCCUCCCCAACUGAAAGCCUUCAGUAAUAAUUGAUGCAUUGCAUUUCAGACAUAAACUACCAUUUAUCUAUGUCCAGUUUUCUUGUUAAAUCAUGUAUGAUGCUGUGACGUCCACUGGAUUAGGAUGAUUCUGGAAACAAAUCACACGUUUCUGGGCUGGGUCUUCAGGGAUUCGGAUUUGCAAAAUUUUGUCAAGAGUAUUGGCAACCAUUGAAAACAGUAUGUUCGAGGCACACUAAUAUUUAUGAAGGCUGAUCCAAGCUUAUGUCUGCCAACCUGAGAAAAGUGACAAAAUCCCCACAUCAUCCUCCCAUUUAUAGUACUCACGCAGAACACAAGAGUGAUAUUUCACAUCAAGCAGAAAAGAGAAAAGCUUAAGCAACAGGCACACUAAGAUGCCAUAUUGUGAAGACAGUGAAUUGCUGUUUGUAAGAAGCUUUCCUAGCUCUGAGUAAGAAUAUCUGCUGGCUGUGCGCAUAAUAACGUCUGAGACUUGUUGUUGUUACCAAGAUAAAUGAAUCCCUUUUAUGCCAAACAUUUGCCAAACAUGAAAACAUCCAAAUCAUGAGUCAUUAGUUACCAUUUGGAAUAAUCAAGAAGAUAUAUGUUUAUGCAUUUGUCAAUACAGAGAAGUAUAUGGAAAAAGUGUGUUUCUACCAGUUCUAUAAAAGGAUUUUGGUUCUUAAAAAAAAAUUAUGAAAGUUGCUUCUGUAGCAAAGGCACAUGUGUGUUAUAUAAUGUAUAUGAGGACUGUACAUUUUUAACAUGUCUUCAUGGAAGAUUGAUUAAAUUUCAUGGAAGCUUGAUGCUCACGUUUCGGGGGGUAUAAAGAUGUUUUGUGUGUGUGUAUUAGUCUUCGGUAGUGUGUGUAAGACAAAACAUAAUUGUUGUCCUGAACGGCCCCUCAUGUUUUUUCUCUCAGUCUGAAUAGAUAAUAACAAAACUGCACUUAUGGGGAAAUUAAACAUUUUAUAUUUGCUAGAAAGUGGACAUGUUAAUCCUAAAUCCAAAAGCAGAAAAGCAGCAUUCAGCUUCUGUGUACCACAAAUCUGUAAUAAUCUUCCAGUAAACUGGAAGCUGAAACACUGAGUUCCUUUAAAUCCAGACUUAAACCCAUCUUUAGAGUUGUUUUUGAUUUGUAACUGGAACAUUAAAUAACAUAUUUAAUGUGCAUUUGCUUCAUGAAUUUACUUGACAAAAUGUAAUGCUUCUUGCUGGUGUCAUAAAUUGCGGUCAUGAGUGAGCGAAGUAAUGUUUUAAUGAUGAAUAACAAGAUAUACAAUCCAGGCAGCAAAGGCGAGCAACGGCAAUGACACUCUCACACUGGUAGCAGCUGGCAUAAAGGCAAAGACAUGAGACAUGACAGUAUAGACAAGGACCCAACAGGGAAACACAGACACAAGCGGGACUAAAUACACAAGAGAGAAAUCAAGGGGAAACAAGAAAUGGCUGGAGACAAUCAAGGGGUCGGCGGGACGACAC